CUUAUCUCUUUUUAUCAGACUUUCACCCAUCAGAGUCCUCGGUAGACUUCCACAACGAUCCAACAGAGCUCCAGGAUGAUUCACGUUUCCAACAGACGGUCCCUUCACUAUCAGCAUGGUGCCUUCACUGACCUGGUGUUCUACACUGUUGUCUUCCUCGCCCUGAUGAACUCAUGUAGAGCUCAGUCUGAGGUGAUCGUUCCAUCUCAGCCAGUAGUUUCAUUGGUGGGUGAAGACGUUAUUCUGCCAUGUCACCUGGACCCCGUCAUGAAUGCUUUUGAAAUCACUGUGGAGUGGGCGAGACCUGACCUGAACCCCAGAUUUGUCCUGGUGUGGCGUCAUGGCGAAGAACUGAAGACUAAAAAACAUCCGUCCUUCAGUGGAAGAACAUCAGUGUUCAUCGAUGAGCUGGAGAAGGGAAACAUCUCACUGAAACUCUCCAAAGUUAAAGUCUCUGAUGAGGGAGGAUACAAAUGCUUCCUGCCUACAUUGUCAAAAACCUCAACUGUUCAGCUUGUUGUAGGUUCUGUCUCCUCACCUGUUCUUCAGAUGACCAAAAACAACAAUGGAGUGUUGUUAGAGUGUGAGUCUGCAGACUGGUAUCCAGAGCCAGAGAUGUUUUGGCUGGACGGCGAGGGAAACCUCCUCUCUGCUGAACCCACUGAGACAGUCAGAGGUCCUGAUGGUCUCUACACUGUCAGCAGCAGAGUGACUGUGGAGAAGAGACAUGGGAGGAAGUUCACCUGUAGAGUCACACAGAGGAAGAUCAACCAGACCAGAGAGAAGCACCUCACUAUUCCAGAUCAUUUCUUUGUGGUCCCUACUCCCGUUCCUCCCAGUCCUCCCAGUCCUCCUGGCACUCAGCAUGUUGUUAUCGGUGCUGUGAUUGGCUGUGCUGCUUUGCUGUUCAUUCCUGUGAUCAUCUUUGUUGUGUGGAGACGGAGACAAAAGAAAUCCACUCCAGGAUGAUUCACGUUUCCAACAGACGGUCCCUUCACUAUCAGCAUGGUGCCUUCACUGACCUGGUGAUCUACACUGUUGUCUUCCUCGCCCUGAUGAACUCAUGUAGAG